GUGUGUAGUGUCGCCAUGUGAAGCAACAGGUAUUCGGACGUGUGUCCAGCGAUGAUAUGGGGAACAUGUGUUGUCGGAGAGUGGGGUACUCGCCCGGGGGUCUGGACGCAGACGAUGUCAACCGUUGCCAAGCGCAACUCCCUCCACAGCGUCCCGAGAAGAACGCAGGCAUGUCGGGGGGCGGAUACCACUGUCCGGGCGACGAUUGCGCAAUCAACGAGCUGCUCGAGGGCCGGAUGGACCUGGAUGUCUUGUUGCCGGACGGCCGGAAGAUGAGGCUCACAGUCGAGAGGAGGACUCCGAUGAUGGACCUGCUGGUUCAGGCCGCUUCUGCCUCCAAGAUCAGCCCUGCCAGUCACGUGAUCCACGUGUUCGGGCCGGGGGGCGACGGGCUGCCCCUGCCCUAUAAGCCGAGCACGCCCAUUGGCUCCCUCGACACCAACACCAUCUGCAUCGUGUCCAAGAAGGAUUCGCUGCUGCAACCUGGCGGGAAGAGGAUGCUCAGGCAAGCCAACAGACCCUUCGAGCCCACUUUCCGAGUUCAGGUGCACUUGCCUCGCAACCAACUGACCGUGGCUCGCGUGUCUCCUCGAGUCAAGAUUUCCGAGCUGAGAGACAUGGUGUGCAAGGAGAAGGGGCUCGAUGCCGGCAAGUAUCGUCUGGUGCGCCCCUGUGACCCCCUGCAGCCCCUGCCGGGGGAAACCACCCUCGCAGACUACGGAGCCACAGAAAUCACGCUGCUGUCUAACGCUUGUAUCGAAUCCCACAUCUGCAGUUCCACCUCUCACAUCAUUCCGUAUUCCAAAAGAGCGGAAGAACAAAAGAAAACCGGCAUCUUGAGAUUACUCGCAGAAGACGUCAGCCAUCAGCAUGCUGACAUGGCAACUGUACAGUGCAGCCAAACAGACUCCUCUUUGCAGAAGAACUCCGUUCCGCCCAGACACAAGCCCAAGAAGCGCCGCCCAGCCCCGCCCCCUCCACCGCCUCUUGAAGCACCAUCGCAUUCCAGACAGAGUUCUUCAGAUUCCAGCGGAUACCACGAGGCAACUUCUUCUUUCCUGCACGAAGACCACGCCCCUCCCAUGUGUGUAUCACCAGCAGAGAAGGCGUCCAGCGACAGCAGUGGAGUCAGCAGCAUGGACGCGAAAGUGUCCAGUCCCACUACUCAACAAAAGAAACGGAAGGCUCCGCCCCCUCCCAAGAGAACUGAAAAGGGGCGGGCCCCUGCGCCAAAGAAGGAUCCGCCCAUACAUCAAGAGUUGCUACUAAGCAGCGAAACUAGUGAAGGAUUCUCUUCGGGAUCUUAUCAGGAGUCAUCAGAGGACAAAUUAAAUGAACCUUACCAGCACGAUUCCUGGGAAGGACAACAAUCGCUCGAAAACAAAACAAGUUCACAAUGUUCAUCUUUACAAUCAGAACCAUGUGAUCUAAAAGACUGUGUUCAGAGAGUUGAAGAACACAUAACACCAUCUCCAGAGCAUCAAGAUUCAACUAAACAAGUGACGUGCCAACAGCUAUCUUCUUCGUCUGAGCCACAUACCACUCAAAGGCCAGAACAGAAGAAGGAGGCUUUGACUCAAUCAAUUUUGGUUUCUCAAGAACCAAGAAAGAGCAAUCUAGAAAUUAAUGUUCCUUCUUCCAAGGUGCAUCAAGAAAAUUUACUCAAGGAGGAACAGACAAUCCAAAAGAAUAUUCAACCACAGAUACACCCAGCCGAUUCCAAAAAGAAUUUGGUAGGCAUCAACUAUCCAGACUCGAGUCAGUCUCAAAUCAUAUCAAUCAUUCCUCCCGUUACACAGGAUGAAAAAGAACGUCCUGUUGACUUGAGAAUUGGUCCGGAGCUCGAUUCAAGGAGAAAAUCCGAGCCAUUAGAGCAUCGGGUCCAGUCGAAACCUGCUGCUGUCUGCAGAAGAGAAUCAGAGCCGGUCUUGGUGCCUCAAGUGCAUGCCGUUCGAUCCUCACCUUUGGUAAAACUCGAUUCUUGGGAAACGCGAGAGCCUCAGAACUAUGCUGCGAAAACACCAUCGAAUAAUUGCAACAAAGUUGAGACUAAAAAAGAAGAUGCUGCUAAAAUACGCCAUAAUGAUUCGGGGAAGAAAGCCGAUGUGAGUGCACCGACAGAAACCGAAAGCAGCCAAAGGAGAAAACCAAGUUUUUCCGAAAAGAGGCGAAGCUCCUUCUCAGAAAAUGAAGUGACCAAGGCGGCUCUUGCAGCCCUCAACGCCCGGAUCGAACAGGACGUGACGCAACAGCAGAUCGCCUCCAGCAUCCAGGCCGCGUUCCAUUCGGUGGACUGUGCCCAGAGGAAUGAACCCUCGCUGCUGGCCAUCAAGCAGAAGAAGAGACAUGGGGAACUCGGAACGUUCAGGGAGCUGAGUGUUUCUCACAAUCCACCUGUUACGAAAGUCCGACUGUCGUUGAAUUUGCGACCCGAAGUGGUGGACCACAAUGAUCUGACGAUCCUCGAGCCGCCCCCGAAGUUCCGAAGUCCGGAUAAAGAAGCUCUGGUCAUCGACGAGGAGCCCAGGCUGCCGCAGUCGCAAUUUGCGAGCACCUUGAAGAGGUCGUCCUCCUUGCUGAACCUCUCAGACGUCAAGCCGAAAGUUGCGGUGUCCAAGAAUUCCAAGAAAGUGCGACAGCUGCAGAGGUCGCUGUCUGAUCUCACUUCGGACGACAAGGAGGAAUUCGAAGCCGAACAGGAACGACUUCAGAAAGAAUACGUAAAGUUGCAGAGGCAGUUCAUCCUCUGGCAACAGCAACUGUUGAGCAACCACGCCAUGCUACGCGAGGAGUGCAUCAUGCCGCAGUACGCAAGGACACUGCGCCAGUCGCACAGUCUGCCAGAAGGAGAAGAUUAUUCCACAGAUUCCUCCGCGCCGGUGCCACUCGUGUCUCGAUCCUUAUCUUACGAGCCCACGAAGGAUCGCUGCUCGACCCUUCCGAGGUCCACCAUCAACAUCCCCUCCUUGGAAUUCGGAAGCAUCCCGGCUCAUUGCGGAUCCAGCACCUUGAGGUCUUCGAAGACGAAGAGCUACUUCAAGCCACCCCAGGUGAGAGCCUCCACCAAGAACAGACAGAGACUGCCUCCAGAAAUUAGGAAGGAGGGAGAAAUAGACAUCACGGACGACAAGCAGAUGAUGACGACCAUCUUGCCGUCUUUCGAAUCGCUGAAAUUAAUCACGGAAAACAGCGAAGAGGACGUCUUGUCCCGACUGUCGCAGACGACUCCCACGCUGCCGAAAAAAGUGGAGAACGGGGUUGCCGGAGAAAAGAAUGGAUUUUCGAAUUCCUCCAGCAUCAACAGGCUUCACAAUGGUGAAAGUGCCCAUCACGAUAAGGAUCUGAAAUAUGUGAACGGGAGCGCAAACCUAUUGUCCAGGCAGUCGUCCGAGUGCACGAAGAACAAUUCUACAAAUUCUCAACCUCCCCGACCUCCCCCAUUACCGGUGGGUGGCGUUUUAAAGGAAGCACAGAAAGAGAAAUGUUCCAAGACCCCGGAAAUUCCAAAUGGGGUGCAACGGAAAAAUUCAAACGGAGGUUCUCGGGACCAACUCAUGCUGGAAAUACGGAAGUUUGGCGGCAGGACUGCCCUUCGAAAGAUAUCUCUGGCUAGCUAACCCCUCAUUUUCUUCCACCCUCAUUCUCAGGGAUCGUCUGCAAGAAUGCUCGUGAAGGAUUCCACGGUGCAGGUUGGAACAUUCCUGCCUAAUCAAAA